AUGAUUAACAGAGUAGCUUUGCCUGAUGUUAUACCAGUUAAGCGUCAAUUUGACAACGAACAAGUAAAAAUAUCAGAAAAACUAGUUGGUAACGAAGAAAUAAUUAACCAACAGAAUGUUUUUUGGACUGGUACUAUUAGCAUUGGUACGCCACCGCAAAAUUUUAUUAUUGAUUUCGAUACGGGUUCAAGCGAUCUUUGGGUGCCUAGUACUUCGUGUACAGGAUCAUCUUGUAGUGAGUAUAUAUGCGAUGAAUAUUAUCGGAUACAUUUUGCUUCUUCGUUGCCUUUGAUUUGUAUAGAUAAUAAGAAUAAAUACAACAGUGCUUAUUCAAGUACCUAUCGAGCAAAUGGAUCUCCGUUUUCGAUCACCUACGGUGAUGGAACGUAUGCCACGGGACAUUUUGAUAAUGAUACAGUCGCAUUUGGCGGAUUACAAGUUCAAAAUCAGGUGUUUGCGGAAGCUACACAUGAGUCCGGUUUUGUAGGUGAUAUAAACGACGGAAUGUUAGGGUUGGGAUAUCAGAAAAUAAGCAAUGGUGAAGCACCUAUCUUCUAUAACAUGUGGGCACAAAACUUAAUACCUCAGGCGCUGUUCUCAUUCUACUUUGACCCUAUUUCGGUCGGUGAACAAACGUUUUGCACCAGCAAUGUUAACUGUUCCGCCAUUGCAGAUACAGGUACCACAUUGAUUGUUGGCCCAAAUGCACAAGUUCAAGCAUUAAAUAGAUACCUGGGUGGCACGUACGAUCGAUCGAGUGGAUACUGGAUAAUACCUUGCAUGAAUAGAAGUACAUCAUACUAUCAAAAUGUAACAUUUACAAUCGCUGGUCAAACAUUUACACUGAAUGUGUUACAGUAUGUCGUAGUAUGGGGUCAGACUGGUGCCUGGACAUGUGGUCUAGUAUUUACGAACGCAUCAAUUACAGAUCUUUACGGAAAUCCAAUUUGGAUUCUAGGUGAUUAUUUUCUUGUACGUUACUAUUCAAUUUUUAAUCUGCAAACCAACCAGGUUGGUUUUGCUAAAUCUAUAUCAUAUAAUGUUUUAAAUUCAUGGUAUUAUGAUCGGACAUUGUUUCCAACUGUCACAACACCGACAACAGCAGCAAGCACCACGACUAGUACAGGAACGACAACUUCAACAACGACAAGUACUACUCUUAGCACGAGUAGUACUCUAAGCACCACCACGCUUCCAAAUGGAAUAACAUUAACCACAACAGCAGCAAGUACCAUGACUAGUACAGGAACGACAACCAUGAAAUUUCAUUUUGGGUUACUUUAUAUCUAUUAUAAUUCAGCGGAAGAGAAGACAGAAGACAUGGAAUGGAUAAAGCAGUAUGACGUGAUCUGUUCUGUCACAACAAACAUCUAUGAUACUAUUACAGAAAUUUUUAAUGAUCUUAAACAACAGAGAGCUCUAGAAAAAAUGAAGUCUAUGCCGUCAUCAUCGUCGAUGCCAAUGUUAUUCUAUACGACUGAAAAAUCUUCUUCUGAAUUGAAUGGAACCUUUCUGUGGCAUCAAUUACUAAUUGAAAUCUUAGUACAAAUGGAAAAAAAAGAUUCUGAUAGACAAGAGUUGAUUGAAUUGUGUAAAAGAGCAUAUGCUACUGACACCAGUGAAUUAGAAAAGAUUGAAGAUUUUGAAAAGAAUUAUACUUCAGGUGAUGCAAUACUCUGGUAUACUAAAGAUACUUGCUUAUAUCGUCUUCUGAAUAAAGCUUUAAGAACUCAAGACAUUGAUACAUUAUUCACGUUUCGUUGUUUUAUUACCGAUCUUUAUCAUCAAAUGAAAUAUCUACACGACAAUUCUACCUGUACUAUCGAUCGUGUCUAUCGUUAUCAGUUAAUUUCACCUGAAGAACUCAACAAUCUAAGAAAUUCUAUUGGACAAUUGAAAGCUAAUUUAAAUAAAGAAGAAAAAUUAAAUCUUAAUUCAUUAGGAUAUGUACUCUAUGAUAUGGGAGAAUAUGAGAAAGCAUUAAAAUGUCUACAACGUCAAUUAAAUGAGCUAAACGGUGAAAUUUCUAUGUCAACUGCAUGUUGUUAUCAAGGUUUGGGAAUUGUUGCUUUUAAACUAGAUGAUUAUGAUUUAGCAAAUGAAUAUUUUAAAAAAUCAUUCACUAUUUAUCAAUUACUAUCAAAUCAUGAUAAAUUUCUAUUUAGUACUUAUGUUAAUUGGGCACUUUUAAAUGUAGAAAAAGUUAACUAUGAUACAGCAUUAGAAUACUAUGACAAAUCAUUAGAAAUUUUGAAUAAAGUCAUUGAUAAGAAUAAUAUUGAAGAAUGUAGUCUCGAUCAAGCAAAAGUACAGUACAAUAUUGCUAUUAUCCAUCGAUUACAAAAACGUUAUGACGAUGCACUUAUCAGUCUUAGCUAUUCACUGGAAAUUCGACAGGAACAUUUACCAUCAAAUCAUUAUCUCAUUGCAGAAGUCCUUUGCAAUAUGGGAGCCAUAUACAGCGAUCUAAAGGAUUACUAUACAGCAUUAGAAUUUUAUAUAUUAGGUGAAAAAAUACUAAAAAAAUCCUUACCUUCAAUACAUUGUACUGUUAUACAAAUUGAACAAGAUAUUAAAACAAAUUACACAGAAAUUACUUGA